CUCAAGAGUCUUGACUCUUUUUUCGAAUUUUCUUUUGAUAAUCAUUCUGUGAGGCGCGUACUAUUACACGAUGCCUCUUGAGUCAAGGACUCAAAUUUGACAUUUCUCUUUUGAUUUAAAAUCUGUUGUUGUUGUAUUGCACCAAGAAGCAAAAAGAAAUAGAGGGAACGUUGAAAAAAGAAAAAGUGGAAAAAAAACGUCAAAAAAGAGUCUCGGACUCACGACCCACGACUCUCCGGUCGGAUAAUUUUUUCUUUCAUCUUUUUUUCUCUUUUGCACUCAUUAUGUUUAAAAAGAGUCGCGCCUCUUGAGGCUUCAUGUAAUAGCUGACUUAUUGUAAAAAAAAUUCAACUGUUUGCAUAUACAUCAGCGAAACUUAACACAGCGUCUCCACUUAGCAUACAGCUGCCCAACAUCACAACCGCAAUCCAAUCCACAAACAGAACAAUUUUUUUCGCUGGGCAAAUUAUGUCAUGACGUCUCAUUUAAUCUUUCGUGUAGAUGUAAGGUUUUCUUUUGAAUGGAGAGGUAAAAUGACUCGUAUUACUUAUACAUUCAAGAAAAAACCUUACACGUGCACGAAACGUCAGAAUCAUCAUCAUGUUCAAAAAACGAGAUUCUUCGACAAGAUGUCGGUGUGGGCAUGGAUUUUUCUGUCUCCAUUGGAUUUUUUCAAGACAUAUUUAUGCACAGUACACAUAAAAAGGUAAUAUAUUCCGAACUGACAUUGGUCGCCAGAUUGUCAAAACAUGACACUUUGGCGACCAGUGUCAGUUUGAAAAAAAGUGACAGCUACCGUAAUUCUCAAUUGUUUGAAUGUAAUUUGAAUUAUUGUGUAUUUUUCUGUGCUCUGUCGUGUUAAAUAAAAAUUUUGCUCGCCAUUUUCCAUAAUAAUUUAAAAUAGUAAUAUAAAUUUCUAAAUUAUAUCUUGUUAUUUUAUGAACUUAAAUAAAAAAAAAUGCGUUGUGCGAUAUAUGGGUGCGAUAAUGACAACAGGGGAGAGAAAUGCAAAAAUAAAAUUUCUUUUUUCCGUUUUCCGUAUGAGGAAAACGAAUUAAAAAUAUGGAUAUUGGCCUGCUGCAGGAGUGAUACCAUCAACAAAAGAAAUGCAAGGGUUUGUAGCGUCCAUUUCAAAGAAGAAGUUUUCCAUCCUACGGUUAAAGGAAUCCAGCGAUUGAAGAAAGGAUCGGUACCAUCACAGUUUUUGGUGUCUAAGGUACCAAAAAAGCAGGAAAAUCAAUCAAGAGCUCAGCCACUUCAAGGCUCCAACUUAAACACCCAACAAUCUCAACAUCUUCAAGCAAGCAAUCAAAAUACCAACACUGUCCAAUAUCCUCCACCAAGAUCUGAUCUACUUCAAGCAACCAGUGUAGUCAACCACCAAACCAACACCGUCCAAAAACCUUCACCAAGCUCAUCGCCACCGCUGGGAAAGAAAACAACAACCAAACCAAAGAGUCCCCGCUUUUCCGAGAAGCAUCACGACAUGGUGUUUUCCAACUUUAAUAGGAUUUUUUGUUAUUGCACUCUUCAUACCAACAUAAAUAUUGGAAAUAAACACCAUUUGCUGGGUGAUGGUGUGGCCCAGUAUGAUAGGGGCUAGAUUUAUUAUUGGAGUAGGAGAUUGUGAUUGGUGGUGGUGUUGCGGUGCCCGAGAAUUUUCUUCUUGGAGGUUACCAUCGAGCUUAUACCGUCUCCUCAGUCGGUGGAAAAGCAACGAAACAAAAAAGAAACUAAAGUGAAAUGAGCAAUUAUUAUGUAUCCUUUUUUGGCCAAAGAAAAAUUUUAGAUUAAAAACAUGAGUUUCGGGUUUCAUUUAUUUUACUAUACCGAUUGUAUCAA